AUGCCGUUGGAACAGUGUCUUGCGAAGGUGCGGGAUGGUUGCAAACCUUGGGAAGCAUUCAUUUGGAUUUUUGUCAUUUUUGGUUUCACUGUAGUUGGGACAGUGUGCUAUAUGCGUAUCGGCCCUGUUUUUAUAAAACACACGACUCCAGACAGUUCACCUGGAGUUUCCACUGUUCCUGAUUUACCUGUAGUUUCCGCUGUUUCUGAUUCACCUGAUGUUUUUACUAUUUCUGAUUAUGAGUUUUACAAACUUUGUUCGACGGAUAACGAUCCUAGGCACAGUCGCGAUAGUUCCGUUGGUUCCCGAUAUUGUCCAUGGGAUGAUGUUGCUUCGCGUAGACAUAGGCGUGAGGUCUCGUCCAUUAGGCCCACCUUUAAACACUGCACGCCUGCUCUCGUUCACGACGGUAUUUCCUGCGUGCCAUGGCGCAUAGCCAACGCGUACCUACAUUCAUUGGCGUUCACCGUGGCCCCAAACACGGCUUCCACUAUCACCGUGCCCUUGAAGAGUUUGAAAGGUACCCGACAAGACUGGCUCACUACGGGUGACAAAUGGCCUGGGUAUUGGUGGUAUUUGACUGUCAAUCCAGACAUUUCGGACUGGAGCGCCUUCGUCACCUCGCAGGUACCAGGUUACUGGCCUCCUGGCUCCAGUGAAGAAGCUGUGUUUUUUGCUAAACGUAUCACUUUGAAGAACCAAGGCUCAAGCCUUCUUUUGACCGUUACACUCCCUGAUGACACGGUUCGGCCCCCUCACGCUACCCUGCUCAAUACUUCCUGUUGGGGUUUUCAGUUGUGGGCUUGGUCCUCUGGGAAGGAUCCUCAGUUUCCUAUUGUCCUUUGCGUUAACAAAACUAUGCGGGGCGCUGACAGUCCCGUGUUGAGCGACUUUUCCAAAACAUCUGGGGCAGUGAUUACGAGCGUGGCCCUCACCGAUGUAGACAGUCACUUUGUGGCCUCCACAGGUAUGAGUGGCCAGACUAACAAUUGGCUCCUCAUGGCCGAGCAAGCUGCUAAUGUGACUAACACCAGUUGCGUUGUGUGUAUGGGCCCACGGCCCCUCUUGAGAAUCAUUCCCGCGAGUGUGGCUCCUGAGUGUGCGAUUUUUGUGAUGUCUACCCCUUCCAUUCCGUCUGCUCAUCCUUGCUCCAGUUGGGACAAGGUCUAUCCCGUUUCCUCCUUGGCAAAGUCCAAACCCCUUUUUUCCACUGAUGUUGCUAAAGGUAAUUUCACGUGCAUCAAGUUGCCCGGUACCGGCGCAAGCCUAGGCGUUUUGUCAGCUCCUUUGUGCACUUCCCUGUUUUAUGGCGCUGCCUUUUUCUCACCCAUCGCUCGUAGUGAUAUUUGGUUUUGGUGCAACACUGACAAACUUUAUGAUAGUCUCCCUUUUAAUAGCUCUGGUACUUGCGCUUUGGUGACCCUUUUGCUUCCCGUUUUAUUAAUGCCCGCAUCUACUCAUGAGCUAGACGUUUUUGUUGAUUCUUUUGUGCCCCGACCCUGGUCGAGGGCUAAGCGGAGUGCCGAGUGGCAAGGCGCGGCGGAUCCGACCUAUAUAGAUGCCAUUGGAGUUCCCAGAGGAGUGCCGGAUGAGUAUAAGCUGGUGAACCAGAUAGCAGCUGGUUUCGAAUCCUCCAUUUGUUGGUGGUGCACCCUUAACAAAAAUGUUGACAGGAUCAAUUACAUCCACUACAACGUGCAGAGGCUUGGAAAUUGGACCGAGGCGGGCUUCAGAGCGGUCCACUCCCAGCUGGCCGCGACUUCCCUCAUGGCUUUCCAGAACCGGAUGGCCCUUGACAUGCUACUCGCUAAGGAGGGCGGUGUCUGCGCCAUGUUCGGACGACUUUGAGCUCCCACGGCCCCCGAGUUGUCAUCUUCGCAUUGACUCCAUUGAUGAGGCCCCCGCUGUGGACCUGUCCGACCUUUUUCCUGAGUCCGACGUUGUCUGAUUGGCUUCGGUCGCCUCCCGGGUGUAAAUUUGUUCUUAUGACGUAUGAUCCUGCGGCUGAAAAUCUUUUGAAGUAGCCUUUGGGUGAUUUGAGGGUCUCUGAGAACUUAUGAUAAACAGGGGGGAAUUGUUGGAAAAUUGUAUAUAUAUGUUAUCAUGCGUUCUCUUUUGGUUUCUAUAUUACUAUAUUACAGUAAAUGAUGUCUCGUUAGAUCUACCGUUAGAUUAGAUCUGCGUACGUGCGUACGUUGUUCUGCUUUGCUGUUCUUAUGUCCACCACAGAAUACCACAUCAGCCAAGGUGUGAGGUCUUGUCUCGGUCAGCGAGAGACAGCAGCAACGACAUUGUGUCAGCCUUCCUCAAGUGGCUGACUCGGCACCUCACACCCUCAAGAAAUGGAGCGCUGGGAGCGCCCCUGGUCCUUGCUGAUAAGACUGCUUGAACCCAUUGAACUUGAUGAACUCUGUUUGCUUCUUCCUAUGUCGCCACAUUAGCAUAACGUUUGCAGUAAUCUACACACACCAGAAGUUUCCUGCGCUUACCAAAAGCAGAAACCGUUUGCGCUUCCCCCUACCCUUAUUUGGUUUCUGCUACACAUGUGAUGAGGAAAAUUCCCCAAAUAAAGAGAGCAAGGAUGCAGACAGACUUUAGUGUAGGUUGGGCAUUGUAAACUGUCUGUACUGCACU